CCGAACCGUUUCUCUCCCAACUCCGGUUCUUCUUUCUCUCUCUCGCUCGAUUGAUCGGUAGCAGUGUUUGCUCGAACCCUAGAAACCCUUCUCUUAAUCUCUCUUGAAUACCAAGAGCGAAGAUUUUUCCUGAGGAUCGGUGAAAUCAUGCAUUUAAUCGCGAAAAAUUAGCAAUUUGAAGCGGUUUAAGGUUUUGUAUUUCCCUUUCUCAUCCACGACGUAUGCCAUUGGUUUUAGAACCCUUCAGAGCAGAAUUUGGGUGUUUUGGUCAAAAUAGUAUUGCUGGUUCUCUUGCAAACUUGUAUUCUAGUAGUCAUGUAUAUGGAGCUAGAGGAGGAGGAUGAGGAAGAAGAUGUGGACUUUAAUCCUUUUCUUAGAGAAGAAACUCCUUCCGAGGCUUCUUCUGGUUUGAGUUCUGAUAAUGAAGGUCUAGUUGAUAAUGUCAGGAAAGAUAAUUCAAUCUCUGUGGAUCACCAGGAUGCUAAUGCAUCAUCAAUUCCAGUGGUUGGGAUAGAGAACUAUAACAGGGGUUCUGGAAAUGAAGAUGAAGAAGUUGUAAUGCAAGCAAGGAUAUCGCCAGAGGUGGUUCAUUGUGAAGUUGUUCGAGUUCAGUCGAUUCAACUGGAAAAUGUGCCUGGUUCUGAUGAUGCUUCCUGUAAAAUAGUGGAAGAAAUACCUGGGCGGACUUGCGAUCUAAAAGAUUCCCUGAAGCAAGCUAUUCAUAUAGACAGCGAAGAGGCUAUCUGCAGGCGUACAAGAGCUCAUCACUCCCUUGCACAUCACACACUCGAGGAAUUGGAGGCAUUUCUUCAAGAGUCUGAUGAUGAUGGUGACUUCCAAAAUGUCGAUGAUGAAGAAGAGUACCGCAAGUUUCUUGCUGCUGUUCUGCUGGAUGGAGCAGAGAAAGGGCAGGAAGUGCAGGACGAAGAAAAUAUAGAUGAUGAAGAAAAUGAUGCUGACUUUGAGCUUGAAAUUGAAGAGGCCUUGGAGAGUGAUGAUGAUGAAUGUAUCAAUAAUGAUAAAGAGUGGAAGAAGAAGAGAGAGGGAGAUCUCCAUAGACCUGAAACCAGGCAGAAGAAACGUCUGGAGGAAUCUACCAAAGAUAGAAAAAAUCUUCUGGGGCAAGCCAAGAUUCCACUGCGCCCUAUACUGCCAUUUGUACCCAACACACAUAUUUCUCCAUACCCUCCCCUUGGGUGGCAGUUCUCUCCUCCUGGAGGCUUUUCUCAAUGCUCAUCAUCCUUUUCUGGUGCUGAUCUUAUCAAUGGGUUUACAGCUCAACAAAUAGGCCAGCUGUAUUCUUCAAUAUAUGAGCACACCCAACUUCUUAUUCAAACCUUCUCAAUUUCUGUACUUGAUCCUUCUAGACAGCAAGUUGCAAGUGACGUUAAAAAUAUGAUUUUAGAGAUAGUUGAUAAAUGGGAAGAAGCAUUAACACUUAGGAAAACACCAUAUCCUAAUCAAUGCUUUCAUUCUCUGCAUCUUCAUUUCUCACUGAAUCACAAUGGCAAUCAAACUGCUAAAUUCUCAGAUUGGACACCUUCAAUGGAUAUCCCUGUGCUGUCUGUUCUUGAUGUUGCUCCCCUUAAGUUGGCCAAGAAUUACUUGACUGAUGUUUCAGCCACUGUGUUGAGAUACAGACAUCUUCAUGUGGAAGAUGUGGCUGAUAAAAGCCAUUUCACAAAGGAACCUCUUUUUCAGCUGCCUUUGUGUGAGCCUUCCGGUGAAAGAAAUGAUGUUGUUAUUGAAGAAACUGCUAUUGCAUCUUCAAGUACAGCUUCUUCACAAUCAUCAGGGCUGCCGCAGCCUAAAAAGACAUUGGCUGCUAUGCUUGUGGAAAACACAAUGAAAGAGCCAGUCGCUCUUGUACCAAAGGAUAUCGCUAAGUUGACCCAAAGGUUUUACCCUUUAUUUAACUCAGCCUUAUUCCCUCAUAAACCUCCUAUACAAACAGCUGCCAGUCGUGUGCUUUUCACAGAUGCAGAAGACAGAUUAUUGGCGAUGGGAAUAAUGAAAUAUAACAAUGACUGGGCAUCCAUUCGGCGGCACUAUCUUCCUUGUAAAACUGAUCAUCAGAUUUUUGUUAGGCAGAAAAACCGUAGCUCAUCAAAAGCACCAGAGAAUGCGAUAAAGGCUGUUCGCCGUAUGAAGGCAUCUCCGUUGACUCCUGAUGAGCAAGCUCGAAUUUAUGAGGGUCUGAAAGUCUUUAAGCAUGAUUGGUUGUCAGUUUGGAAAUUUUUUGUUCCACAUAGAGAUCCAUCUUUGCUUCAACGUCAGUGGCGAAUGGCUACUGGAACACAGAAAUCAUAUAAAAAAUGUGAAGCUCGUAAGUUGCAAAGACGACUGUAUGAAGCAAAAAGAAGGGAACGCAAGGCCUCCCUUGGUGAACGUCAACUUUCAUCUGGAAAGGAGGUUGAUAAUGGAUUAGAUAAUAAUGCUGAUGCCAUUGAUGAUGAAGAUGAAGCUUAUGUUCAUGAAGCAUUCUUGGCAGAAACACAACCUGGAAGCUACAACUGCAUGCCUUCUGAUGGACGUGGUGAUUUUCCAAGGUUAAGAGGAGCUACCAAUGAACAUGUGGCUUCCCCCUUGACCCUGAAUAAAUUUUCUCAUUCUUCUGAUCUCGGAGGUGGUAUGUCUCAGACUGUAUUGUUAUCCAAGCAACUGCCUUCUAAAUUGAUUCCCAAACCUUCUAGAAAGCAAAUGGCCUCCCUAUCAUGUCAAACACAAAAAAGUAAAGGUGUCCGAUUAGUUAAGUUAGCACCUGGCUUGCCUCCUGUUAACCUACCUCCAUCUGGUCGUGUGAUUUCUCAGUCAGCAUUUAAAAGUUACCAGUGCAGAUCAGUUCAUUCUAAUGUUGGAAGUAACAUGACAAAAACAGCUGUUUCAUCCGUUCCUCAAGUGGUUAACGCAGGACCAACAGCAUCAAAUCUUGAGAAGCACAAAACAAAUUUCUCAGAUAAUGACCUCGUAAUUGGAUGUCGACAAGAUGGGAAAACCCAUGCAGAUCAGUCUGUUGCUGAGGAGAACGCUUCUGAAUAUGACCUCCAUAUGCAUCCUCUACUGUUCCAAACCUCUGAAAAUCAACUUUCUCUGUAUUAUUCUGUGAAUUGUAAUGGGACUGCUUCAAGUACAUACAAUUUUUUCCCUCCAAAUUCUCUUCAGUUUGACAAUAAUCUCCUUCAAGGUCAGCAUUUUCUCAGGCCAGUUGAUGAAGUGCCUUCAAGUUUAAGUACAAUCGACUUUCAUCGCCUCCUGCAAAGAACUGAAAACUUAAACCAUGAUGCGGCCAUUCAGUCAUCAGGUGAGCUGUUGUCUGGUAACUUGCAGUUAGUACAGCGCAACUAUGAUCACGUUGCCGGUCCAUCUAGUUGCAAUUUAAGACAAGGCAUGGCAAAUGAUGAUCACGUGGUGAUGAUUUCAAAAUCUCCCAGUCAUGGUGAGAAGGAAAAUGACAUUGACUUGGACAUUCGGUUAUCCUCAUCAAAAGAUGCAGAAUCAACGAAAAGAAGGAGAUACAGAAGUGAAGGAAGUAUUGAGGGUAAUAGGCCUACAGAUGAAGAACAGGAUAGUAGAAAACAGCUUACACACGAGUUUCCUAUGUAAGGCGUAAGAGAUAAUAGUUCUGAAAGAUUAGAUCCAUCUGAUUCAUCUUUUUCAAGAGAUUGCACAAUGAACGCCAAUUCUUCAAAUAUUGGACUGACGAGCAAUGGUGAUGCAUAUCAAUAUGAGGAAGGCACCCACUUUGAAGAAUCCAUUCCAGAUAUAAUAAUGGAACAGGAAGAAUUGAGUGAUUCUGAAGAAGAAAGUGAACAUGUUGAGUUUGAAUGUGAAGAGAUGGAUGAUUCAGAAGGGGAGGGGCUGGAUCAUGAACCAUCCACUGAAGUCCAGAAUAAGGAGCUUCCUACACUCAAUGCGGACCAAGACACCCACACCAUCCGGGAUCUUAAUCUACCACCACAUCAGCCACCACCAUUAACUCAAGUAUCAGUUGCCAAUGACAACAAGCGAACAAGUAAGGGUGAUAUAUGCCCACUUUCGUGUUCAGCUAGUUCCUCCAAAUCAAAGCCUAAGCGCCAAAAAAUAAAUAAGGAUCAUGCUUGCAAGAGUUCUCCAAGUGCACCCAACUCUCGUCCUACAAGAACAAGCAAAAAACGCAAUCCGGAGAAUUCGAACCUGCAACAUCUCGGAGCUCAACAGCCCCAUUUACAGAUUCCAGGUGAGCCCAAUAAUACAUCUGUAUCCAAAAAGGCUAGAAGACUUUCUCUUCCCAAGUAGACAUUUCAAACAUGGAUCAUUCAAAGCUUAUUUAUGCCGUCAUUUUUGCCCGGUCAGUAUUAGAUGUUCAUAGAUCUGUUACCUGAUCUGGCCGGCAAGUGAUGCUUUUUAUCGGGUUCCUUCCAUCCUCAUGAUGAUGAUAGAUAAUGUAGGCUGCCAUCCAGAAUUCAGGUAUGGCUUCUGAAAACAGACUGAUUGGCUGGUGUUAAUACAUGCUGUUAUUCAUUAACUAGAAGUAAUAGCCAUGAUUUAAUGUAGAAAGUAUAUUAGGCAGCUAACAAAAGAGGGCACUUUAGUUUAUGAAACCAAAGGAAGGAUAUUAUUUUUGUGCAUAUAAUUUCUGGAAUAUAAAGUAUAUGUCCCAAUCACUAUUCCUUUUUGUCUCAGGAAUAAGUUAAAUUUUGUGAUGUUUCUUGUGUUCAAAUAAUUUGUUGGAAUGUCUUAUCUUUAGGUAUUUUUCGUGUUAACGGUUCAAAAAAUUUAUAUUUUGUUUA